AGCUCUCCGGAAGUUUAUUUUCUCUUACCGUGGCUGACUUUAUGCGGGUCUCUUCUCAGUCAGGAACCUGACCCGCAGGACGAUGGUGUUACCGGUGCUGCUGCUGCUGGAGCUGGGUCUGUACACCAGCUGUUUCGUCUGUGGGAUUAUGACCGCGGCAUCCAUCACCAUAUUGCAGGGUAACUUUGGAGGCCGGUGCAUGCUGUAUGGACUUGUCAACUACAAUGUUACAGCGGGCCUUAUUGGGAUCGAGUCGCCCAGCUCCCCGUCUCUGUGCUACUUCGUGUCGGCCAUAUCGAUCAUGGUAGCAGUGGUGUGUUUCUCGGUGACUCUGUACUGGCUGUACACGUUCUGCAUCGACGGGGAAAUGAGAAGGGAUCACAUGUGGAUGAACAUGAUGAUAGUUGUGAGCGGCGUCUUCCUCUUCUUCCUGCUCAUCACGGGGUGCGUGGUGAAGAUCGGACGGGACUCGCUCUGCAACUCGGUCAUACAGAAGGUUCCCAACAUCACCAGCUGUGAGGAGGCCCAGACCAGAAAAUGGGUCAGUCCAAUUAGAGGGGGACAAUUCUACAACAGUCUCUACAAAGCCGGGACGGCAGUGUGGGUCAACCUCUUCCUCUGGCUCAUCAUCGCAGGGCUGGUUAUCAUCCAGAGGCGCCAGGGUUCAGGGUCAAAGGUGAUCGUAGGCGGGCCGGCCGGAGCGCUUUUCGGCGACGCGGGGGUGACAGCCGAAGAAACGGAGCCAUUUUUCAACCAGCCCACAAGGCCACAGUGAAGGACGGGGGAGAUGGAGGACUUACAGAAACACGCAUGCGAGCACAACAUGACAAUGUGGGAGUAGAUGUGGGAAAAGGGUAAAUACAUUUAGUGAGCACUACGCUGCCGUUGCAGGUUUGUCUAGUGAACACACUCUGUGAGAUAUUGUAUGAAAGUAGUUCCAGUAGUUUGUGAUAAUCUUAGUUUGCUUUAGGGUGUUGCGGCUCUUAGAUUCAAUAGAAGCAUCGCGCCCCGACGAGGAUGGGAUUCGAACCCACGCGAGCACAGCACAAUGGAGUAGUAAUCCAUCGCCUUAACCACUCGGGCACCUCGUCAGGUAAAGAGUUUUCAUAACCACCAAUGCUCUCAAGCCUCUGUUUGACCACAUGAUGGAGAGGCUUCACCUGCUGAUAUGUACAUGUAUCCGUUUCCCACAUCUACUCACGAAGGUCACGUCAAAUGUCUGAUUACUGGAUCACACAGACGUGCGUUUCUUCAUUAAGAUGGUGUUUCUGUUUACAUCACUAGAAAUAGAAGUGUUUUUUGCAGCCAUUUCUUUUUUUUUUUUAUUUAAUGAAUGUGCUCAGAUUUUGUAUUUUUGAUGUGACUGGCACACGUGUCCUUUGUAAACAGACAAAGAAUUAACAUGGUCCUCAAAAGUUUUUUUUUUUUACCCUUUAAGAAGUGUGUGCUUUGUGUUUCUACGAUGUGCCCAGUAGUUUUACUUCUGUAUCUUUAUUCUUUAUUUAUAAUGAAUUGUGUCAUUUGACAUUGAGGCCAAUUGUUAUUUCUCUUCAUUUUGUCUCAAAGUGUUGGUCAUGUGAUCUCAGAUAGUUCAGUCUAACUAUUGAGAAAAAUUGCGUAAAGAAGCACUUGCUAUGUCUCGAAACGGCGGGAAUAACAUUUCAUUACAUCAUGUGACCAAUAAUUCAGGGGGGGGGGGGUCUUACUUUUAGGUAUGACAUUAUAUGCUAACUGUUACAUCUGAUAUCCAGUCCAGGUUCACUCACAGAAUGAAGCAUUUGAUGAGCACCUGAUAUUGUUGUCAAGAUAUUAACCACGUAGUCUGAAGUGAUGCUACUUGGCACAUGGUGCGCUACUUUUUAAACCAAAGAGUUAAAACACAAUGACUCAAAUGUGCUUUCUGUUAAUGUGUUAGUGUUGAACUGUGUCUCCCUCUGCUGGUCUGUAUCAAGUACUCACCUGUACCUUUGUAAUGUCUUGUUUCAUGUGUGAAUGGAGAAAAGUCUUAUGAUAACAAAAGCAAUUAUUUCUGAGUAUCUGGGUAAAGUUGUACGUUGUGUAAUGAGACAUAAUCUUAUUAUUGUGGCUAUGAACACUGAAGGGACAAAAAUACUGUAUUUAUUCUGCCAUCCCAUUCAAGUAAUAAACAGCAGGGAUUUAUGACAAAACAAAAUGUAGUUCACUUUACUUUAGCUCUUUUCCUUCCUCUAGAAGCCUGUUUCUGGUUUUGUCCCAGACAGCUAAACCUGCCUGUGAUAUUUAUUAAUGAUCAGUUUCACCACACAGAGCGAGAUCGGGCUAUAUCAGCAAGCCCAAAUGUAAAGUCAGCCCAUAUAAUUAUAUUGGUAUUAUUGUUCAAAAUAAAGAUUAUAAAUAUACAUUAAGAAGUCCUUUUUUGUAGUGGUAUUGAAUAAUGGCAUACUGUAUACCUUGAAAUAUAGAGCAAUUGUUUGGUCACCAGACUCAAGAUAUUUCUAAAUAAACAACAAAAAACAAUUGAAUUUCUUAUUUUGAAACAGAAUGUGACGGCUGCAAACUAGUCAAACCAUCAACCAGGCAUAAUGAACUGUUUCACUAUUCUUUAAAUUAUGAUGUGAGACAUAAAAAGACCUGUUUUGACUGACUUUAUAUAGAUUGAGGUCAUGCUAUCAAGUAAUAUUAAGUUGCGGUUGAUAAAAGUGUUAACUUUCCUGUCAGUGUUUUGCAGCCGACCAUCCUUCUGGCAACAGACUGAGCAGCUGCAUCACACCUUGUUCAGAAGAGCACUCACUAUGUUGUCUUAAACUAAACUCUGUUUAAUUAUGUUGUACUUAAGACUUUAGUGCAAUUAUGUUAAGUUUAUACUAUUCUGAUUUGUCACUUUGCCUUGAUUUUUUUACCCAUCCUAAUUAUUGUACAUACUUUGGGUGAAUAAAAUCCCUAUU